AUGCAGACUGCGCCGCGCCUCGCCUUCGGGGUCAUCGCUGACAUCCAGUUCGCGGAUGCGGAGGACGGCUACAACUUCGGCGGCUACCGGCGGCGCUAUUACCGGCACAGCCUGCGCCUGCUGCAGGAGGCGGUCCGGGCGUGGGCCUGCGAGAGCCCGCCGAUAGACUUCGUGCUCCAGCUGGGCGAUAGCAUCGACGGGCAGAACGCCCGGCGCGGCGAGGCCGAGAGCGCCUUGCAGCAGGUGCUGGAUGUCCUGGGGCAGCUCUCUGUGCCGGUUCACCACGCGUGGGGCAACCACGAGCUCUACAACUUCAGCCGGGCGCGGCUGGUGCAGACCGGGCUGUACAGCCGGGCCGCGGGGGGCUCGGCCGGGCCGGCGGACAGGGAAUGCCACGCCUAUCACUGCAGCCCGGCCCCGCGCCUCCGCCUCGUCGUGCUCGACGCCUACGACACGAGCACCCUGGGCACGGACCCCGGCAGCCUCCGCUACCAGGAGUCCCUGCGGCUGCUGCGGGAGAAGAACCCCAACGAUGACCUCAACAGCCCCGAAGGGCUCAAAGAACCUCAUUUUGUAGCAUUUAAUGGAGGAUUUAGCCAAGCCCAGCUGGACUGGUUCAACGAAGUCCUCAAGUUCUCUGAUGAAAACCAAGAAAAAGUUAUAGUUAUGGCUCACGUGCCCCUUCAUCCCUCUGCUUCCAAUGGGGUUUGCCUGGCCUGGAAUUACGAGGCUGCCCUGUCGGUGAUACACGCGCACCAGAGCGUGGUGUGCGUCCUCGCAGGGCACCUGCACGACGGCGCCUACUGCCUGGACUGUCACGGAGUUCAUCACCUCACCCUGGAGGGCGUGAUCGAGACCCCGCCCGACAGCAACGCCUUCGGAACUAUCUACGUCUACGAAGAUAAAAUGGUUCUGAAGGGAAGAGGCAGAAUUCCUGACAGAGUGAUGCAUUUCUGAAAUACCAGGAAAAUACAGAUUGCUCUUCUUCAGGAAGGACUCGGACAAAAAUGUAGGAGAUUCAGCUGUUUGCUUUUAGAAAGCUGUGCAUGGCUGAUCCUUAUUGCUUUAGCUCAGGCGUUUUUCUCUUGGAUACAGAAUUCUAGAAAUUAGGUUUCUGUAAGAAAGCACCUGAUUUCUUUUUGGAACUACAGAAGGCCAGUAGUUGAAAUACUGGAAGGCAGAAUGUUGAUUUCAAACACCCAAUCCGGACUGGAUUGCAACUGUGAAAAGAUGCAAACCAUAUAACAAAUGUUGUUCAAAAAAAGCCCCACUGCUGUUCUCUCAGUAAACAUUAAAGCAUGCAGAGCUUUAACCUUUAUUUACUUAUAAAUAAAUACAUUUAUUUAUAAAAGAAUUCCCAGCCACAUCUAUUUAUUUAUUUUCUGUGAACAUUACAGUGAGGUCUCAUGUCUGGCAGAAUAUAUCCAGCCUGUAGCCUAAUUCAGUCUUCCAACAUUGCUUUAAAAGACUAAAGUAAUCCUCAGAAAAAGCUGAGCCUAAGGAGAAUAGAGACUGUCUGUGCUGCACCAUGGAAUGCUGCAGAUACAGCAGCUGUGCCGUGUGUGCACAGCUGGCAUCACCUGCAGCA